GUCGACGCAAGUUUCUGCAACCUGUUAAGAUGAUGUGGUCCUGUUUUCUCGCUUUAGCUUUAGCAGUUAGCUUUGCUAACGGCAAGAGCUUCAAUCCCAAAAUGGACAAUGAGGGCGCCAUCCUCCCCCCGGACCUGCCUGCUGUGUGUGGCACCACGUGCGGACCCCCCAUCACCGUCACGCUCAAGGUGAAGAACCAGCACCAGGCGCCCUACUUUGAGAGCGAGAUGCAACUCUCAGGCAGCCCACAGAGAACCCUCUUCUCCAUGAUGCAGGAAGCUGCCGACAAAAACCCAUCUUUCAAUUUCGCGGUUUCGUACCAUGGUUCCGUCUCUGGAUUCCACGUGACUACCAUCAACCAAUUGGCCUCUUCCCUGGACACCAAAACCUACUGGAAGAUCCUAGAGCAUCCUAUGGGCAAUUCCCUGAGUCAAGGAGUAAGCGACUACGUCCCAUUGGAUGGCGCGGUCGUCAUGUUCAACUUCACCACCUGGGCCACACAGGAUUAAAAUAAUCAUGGCAACAACUCGCUAUCUUUUCACUCCCUGUAUCGUACUAAAGCAGUCAGAGUGGUUCAAUAUUGGUUUGUUAUUAUAAGCAUGUUAUCCUAGAAUGCUCACUGCAGAUUUAACAUUUAUUUUUGUUUAUAAUUUUUAGUAUUUAUAAAAUUUUCAGUUGAAGUAAUUACGCAAACACAUAGUUGUUUGGGUAUUUGUUUUUGUUGUUGUUGUUUUUUGGUGGGAGUUGUUUAGCUUUUUGUUUAACUUUUAAGACUUGGUGAUUUCAAACUUGAGGUUUUCCUUUCUCUGUUAGCCCUAUUUAAUUUACGUUUAACCCACCAGUAAAUCAACAAUGACCCUCAUGUGAAAUUAAAGUAUAGCUUUCAGAAA